AAUUUAAUUAGGUCUCUUAUUAGUUUUUGGUUUGUGUUCUUUCUUGUUUUCUUGAGUUUCAAGUUAGCAUAAUUUUUCUUGAAAUUUGUUCUGUUUUUUCUCAUAAAAAUGCCACCUUUUGUUGGAUCAAACCCUCUUUCAUAUGGUUUCAGACACAACAACAACAUGGAUUUAAAUUCCAACAUAGUCACCAUUGAUGUUGGUGGCCAUCUUUUUCAAACAACUAAACAAACCCUAAAUCAAGCAGGUUCAAAAUCUCUUUUUUCUACAAUUUCAAGUAAUUUAGAAAAUGAUUCAGUUCCAUUUAUUGAUAGAGACCCUGAAAUUUUCUCUGUUUUACUAUCUCUUUUAAGAACUGGAAAUUUACCCUCAAAAGCUAAAAACUUUGAUAUUCAAGAUUUGAUUUUUGAAGCAAAAUUUUAUGGUGUAGAACAACUUAUUUUGAAUUCCCAGUCAAACCCAUCUCAGUUUGAGCCUUUUGAUCUUGAAAAAUCUCUUCUUUUACCUUUAACUGGUAGAGAUUCACCUUCAGCAAUUUCCACAACAGAAAAUGGUUCAGUUCAAGUAGCUCAUGGUUGUAAAAUUACUUCUUUUGAUUGGUCUUUAAAGAGAAAAUCCACAAUUUUAACUCAAUUUCCAGCUAUUGAUUCUAUGUUGUGUUUGAAUUCAAGAACUGUUGCAGUUGGUGCUACUGAUUUUUCGGGUUUACAGAUUCUUGAUCUUGUUAAGGGUUCUGUUAAAAAGAAUCUUAAUUGGGAAAAUGUGACUAAGUCUGGUUCAACAGUACAAGCAAUUGGAUCAUCAGGUGAAUUCUUGUUUACGAGUUUCGAAUCAUCUAGGAGGAAUUCGAAUUGUAUUAUGGUAUAUGACGUUAACGAUGAUUUUAAACCGGUUACUAAGAUUGGUCAUUAUGAAAUCUUUGGUGCUGAAUUGGAUUCAGCAAUUCCAGCUACUAAGUUAAGAUGGUUACCUAGUCAUAACUUGUUAAUGUCUGCUGGUUCACAUAGUGGUCCUUCUGGUGUACUUGGGAAUAUUAAGUUUUGGGAUUUAAGGUCUGGGAAUACAGUUUGGGAAAUUAAGGAAAACGUUGAUUGUUUCUCCGAUAUCACAGUUUCGGAUAGUUUGUCUGGUAUUUUUAAAGUUGGAGUACACUCGGGCGAGGUUUUUCUUGCUGAUUUGAGGAAUAUUGGUUCUGAGAAUGCUUGGAUUUGUCUUGGUGAUCAAAGAAAGGUAACGAAUGGUAAAAAGGAAGGAAUUGGAUGCAAAAUCGAGAGCCAUGGGAAUCAAGUUUUCUGCACUAAAGGAGGAAAUGUUGAGUUGUGGUCUGAGGUUCUUAUCGAUGGUUCGAUAAAAGGUAGGUUUGGAUCAGAAGGCAGAGUUUUUAGGAAGAACUACAUGGGAAGAGCAAAAGAUUUUUGUGGAAAUCGGAUAACUCACUUCAGCUUUGGAGGGAAUCGAAUGUUUGUUACACGAAAGGAUCAACAAUUUGUUGAGGUUUGGCAGAGUUCAGUUAGGGGAUUUUAGGUUUUUUUUCGCAAGCAUUGGUAGGAGUAGGUCGUGGCAUUGAAGCCAACUUGUUUGGGACUGAGACGCGGUUCAUUGAUUGAUUGAUUGAUUUGUAAGAGAAGGUUAGUUGCUAGCUUUAUUAUUUGUAAAUGUUUAUAUAGUUCAUCAAGCCUGUUAUGUGCACAAGAAUUGUAUUUAUACAAUGCUAAUGAAAUGCCGAAAUGUGAUUCUUUUU